GCGGAAUUACCGCGCUUAUCCGCGCAAUUAGACGCUUCGUCUCGCGGCGAUCACGGCUCAAUCGGCCACGUUCCCCGGGCCCCGCGGCGAUUUUUCGCCGGCUCGGGUGUACAGCGACGGGUGCGAAUGGAAAACGCGAACGGAGGAGUAGCACGUGAGACGGGAACGGAACCGGAGUCGUCGCCGAGACGUAAAUUGAACGCCGAGACUCGCCGAGCGCAGGAUUUUUCCCGGCGAGACUGUUUGCCAGAGGAGGAUUCCCGGAACGCGAGUGGAUGUUUGCGAGCGUGGCGAGUGGUCGUUGCCUGCCUGCCAGCGUUUAUUCCUCGGAGUCGAGUGGCUUUCUUUGAGGCCAAAAAUCGUCGAGCGCAAAGGGUUAAUACUGGACCUGCUACCUACCACCUGGUUAAAUGCCCCUGGUUAAAUGAAAAAGGAGCAGAACCUUACAAAAAUGGAAGAUUUAGGACAUGAUCUGCCAAGACGUAUUCGCGUGCUCGCCUUCCAUCUAGACCCGCGUUGGAUCUCACGAGGAUCAUAGGACGCUGCUCGCCCUUUCAUCGUCGUGGUCGAUCUCGGAUCGAAAUUAACGUACGACGAAGGAACCGUAUCCCCGGAGCCAUUCUUGAUGGAGUCACGAUCCGAAAGUCGUUAACGUUUUCUUUGACCUAGCUCUACUAAUUGCGUGGCGGCAAAGAGACGCGGUGCCCCGAGAUGGUCUCACGAAACUGUUGCCAACGCUGUAAGAGAUC